GGCUUUUGCGUACGUGAGGGGGUGUGUGAGCGUUACGUGCGUGACCGCGACUCACGUCUUCCUCUGCGCUUGGCGGCCUCGCGGGGAAGAGGAUGGGGGACGAGGAGAACGGGAAGAAGCCGCGAGUGCUGCAGAUGGUGAGACCGAAGCGCGUGGCGGGGAGGGGGGGGGGGCGACCGGGCAGGCUAAGGCUGCCCCUCCACAGGGGGUGCGACAGGCUGACAUCCAACAGGUGAAGCUUUCCUCUGUCCGGGGCUGUGGACGGGGAAGGUGGCCAUCCGAACCGGGUUGUUUUUAUUCGGCGAGAACCACCGCGGACAACAGAUAUUUAUUUGUUUUAUUUACUUCAUAAAAUUUCUAGGCCUCUUGAUGGUAAAUGGGGAGUGGGGGAAACCUCAAAAGCGGUUUACAAAGAGAUUGAAACAACUAAAACCGACCUUGCUUUAAAACAUAAAAAAGUAAAAAUGCUAAAACAGAUUAAUAUUAACUCGGCUUACAGAUCCCCUGGGAAGAAGGGAAAGGCACCUGCUCAGCCCGUGCAGAGUUGAAAAACACCACAGUGUUGUUAUUACUACUAUUGCAUUUAUACUAGCUUUAUUAUUGUAACAGACUAACACGUUAUCCCCACAGCAUGGCCAGCUGAAAAACACCAUUAUUAUUAUUAUUAUCAUUAGCAGUAGUAGCAGCAGCAAUGCCGCCAUUAUUUACUUUUAUAUUCCUCAUAUGUGACCCAGUGUGGCCUGCCUAGUUCUUCUCUCCUGCCUGCUUUUAUCCUCUCAGCAACCCUGUGGAGUAGGUCAGGUGGAUGGUCUGACACAGGAGCCCUCUUGGCUGAAACGUGGUGUUUUAAAAAAUGUUUUUUUAAACUAUUGCUUGGCCAAAAUCCAUCCACAACUGGCAAGAGGAAAAAGUGCCCUCCUUAACCAGAUAAUUGUCUCGCUUUUCGCACAUGGAGACAUACUGCAAGCGUGAAAUCAGUAUAUCACCAAUACCAUUUUGGUGGAAAGGUGGUAUUAAAAGAAAUGAUGGGAGGGCCAUAGCUGAGUGGUAAAGCACAUGCUUUGCAUGCAGAAGGUCCCAUGUUCAAUUCCUGGCAUCUCCAAGUAGAACUGGGAGAGCCUCACCUGAAGGAGUCUGGAAAGCUCCUACCAAUCAGUGUAAAGUAGACAGUACAGUGGUACCUCGGGUUACAGACGCUUCAGGUUACAGACUCCGCUAACCCAGAAAUAGUACCUCGGGUUAAGAACUUUGCUUCAGGAUGAGAACAGAAAUCAUGCUUCGGCGGCGCGGCGGCAGCAGCAGGCCCCAUUAGCUAAAGUGCUGCUUCAGGUUAAGAACGGUUUCAGGUUAAGAAUGGACCUCUGGAACGAAUUAAGUACUUAACCCGAGGUACUACUGUACUGUGCUAGAUGGACCAAUGGUCUGACUUGGUAUAUAGCCACGUCUUACGUUGUCCUUCAGGGACCUUAUUUUCUUUAUCUUCACUACUUCUCUUUUAGGUACGGGCAGAUGGGACAGAUAAGAACUGUUUUACAUUUGUGCUCCACAAUGAGGACCACACCCUUGGCAACUCCCUUCGAUACAUGAUCAUGAAAAAGUAAGUAAGAGUCCUAUUGCCUUCGUGAUGGGGUGCCGAAGGUGAGGCCAACACAUAGGCUGCCUGGGCUAGCCAUUGAUUGCCUUAUGAGGAGCACCUAUGUGUGUUCAGAUGUAUCUGGGACUGCUAAAGGAGUCAGCUAAGUCAGUGGCAAGUUAAUUUUGUCCAUUCUGAACCUGUGGGAUCUGGCUGAUUCAGAAAAUUUUAGUUCAAUUCGGUAUACAAUUAGAUGGGACAUAGGAAAUUUGAGAUUAGGAACUGGAGCUAAGCAGAAUGACCCUUCCCUAGUCAUGGGCGUAUUCACUAUGAAAUGUGGGGGUGGGAGGGUGGGGGGUUAUAAUUCCAGCUAUUUAUGAGGAAGAAACAAAAACUCACUGUAGCUCUUCAAAUCUCUGCUAAGUUCCCCACUGCCUUUUUGGUUUCCCAGAAUGUCCUGGGAUGUAUGUGAUUUUGUGUAUGUGUGUAAGGGUAAGGUAACUACUGCAAAAAAGAAUGUAUUUUUCUUAACCUGAAAUGCCCCUAAGAGCAGCAAUAUUAACACUGUGGCUGUUGGAUUGUGAAGAGUUGUGGUGAGUUUCCUGCCCCUGAAAGCCACACAUGCCCAACCAAUCAACAUUUGCAAGAGACAUGGCCCUUUGCCAAAUCGCCUUGGGUUCAAGUGCACUACUAGUUUACUUUAAGACUGCCUUUAUCUUCACUUACUUCCAAUAAGCACACAUUGCUGAUAGUGUUCUUUUUUGGUUGUAUUUGGACAUUGUGAUCGACUAUGAUUUAUUGUGAGGGGAAUGAACCUAGGCUCCCUCUUAGCACUCCCCCUCCCUUUUCAUCCAGAAGCAGAAGAUUGUUGCUUCUGUUUUUGAUUAACUAGAAUUUGUCAUGUUGUUGAAAUGUGACAGUCUUGGUUAACCUUAACUCUGUUUUGUCUGAAGCAAGCCAAAUUCAUACUGGGGUUUAUGAAGUUGACAUGCUUCAACAAAUUGUAAUUAAAUCAAGUUCUGCAUAGGGUUCAGAUUGAUAUAAGAAUUGGAGACCCCAGGUGUAUAUUAUUUUAAUAAUGUUUCACUUUAAUUGUAUUUAACCUUUUAGAAUGUAUUAGGCUUGAUUUUUGUGUGUUCUGCAUUUGUGAGUCUGCCCUCUCCUAUGCAGCAUUCCAUUUCCUUACCUACCUCUGAAAGUGGUACAAAUGGCAUGAUGUUUUAGCAUCAGCAUGUAAAUCUGCUAUCCUUGAAGCUAUCUGAGACCCAGGAAGAGGAUGGUCUUCCCUCACUGAAGGCUAGAUUGCCAGAGUAAUGUCAGACAGCCAAGACCUAAAAUGGUCAAAUGUUCUGGGCACAGUGGGGCCACUCCAAGGUGAUGCGGGGGUGAAGAUACCAGUAUGGAGUCAUGUCUUCUUUACUUCUCAUGAUCUGUAACCUUUCUUGAUGCAUAUGAAGAUGUUUAUAAUGUUUGCUGUGUUUGAACUACUCUAUGAGCUUUUGCUCUGAAUGCUUCAGGGCAGACCUUCUCAAUUACCACGUUGAGUUGAGUGAGCUCUUUCCCAUUGUAAUAGCUAUAAUAAAUGCUGGAUCCUUAAAUUUGGAUGCUGGACUUUGAAAUAGUUUCCUUGGUUCUGUGGUUUAUUCAAAAGGUGGUUGUUCCUCAGCUGGGUAAUGAACAAGGUAGUGUAGAGGUGAAUUCUUAACACAAGUUUUAAUACUACACUGUGGUUAAUUGAAAUGACAAGCCACAACCAAGUCAGAGGAAGCAUGCAAGCCUGGGGGGUAGGGUAGACUUUGUUCCCAUCACUAUAAACCACAGCUUAUUGUGAUAUCCAAGCACAACUACUCUCUAUCAUGAGUAACAACCUCUUCAUUUCUCCAUAGCCCUGAAGUGGAGUUCUGUGGAUAUAGCAUCACCCAUCCUUCUGAAAGAAAAAUAAACCUCCGCAUUCAGACCAAAGGUGAAGUGUGCAGGCCUGCUUCUUGGAGGUCUAUUUUGCUAAAGGGCAGCUGUUCUUUGUGAUUCAUAGACAAUAUACAAACUUUUGGGUGAAAACUACAUAUUUUACUCACGCAUAGUAAGAAUCAACAUACAGUACACGUAGCCUACCUGAUUCUGAGCAGAACUAGCCUGCAAAUUGCAUAUUAAAGCACAAAUGGUCCCUUACAGCUGCAGUACAGCAUCUCUAUCAGCUCUGCGUCUUUCCUUACAGUACCUGAUCAAGGUGCCACAAUCUGAGCUAGGUGGAGAUGUCCUUCCCUUCCUUACAUUGUCUAGCUCCCUCUUACAUAGUGUUGCACUAUUUUGACAAGGCUGGUGUAUUCCUCACAUCUACCUGGGCUAUAUGUCAUUAGCUGCAUCAUUCCAUGUGCAUCUUUGGCAAACAGGGAGGCCUACUGUCGUGAGCUCUGUUGCCUUUGGGAAGCUUGCCAGUUAACUGUUCUUUAUAAUAAUGCCGUAUUGUUUUUAACACUUGAUUGGAAGCCGCCCAGAGUGGCUGCGGAAACUCAGCCAGAUGGGCGGGGUAUACAUAAUAAAUUAUUAUUAUAUCCCACCAGGCUUGGGCAAUCCUGCAGAAUUUAGUUGUGGGUUUUAUGAGAAGUGGUGCUUGCACAUAGCACAACUUAGUGAAUAAGAGGCUGAGUUAGAAAUGCUGUUCCGAAUAUUGUCCCUGCUUUAUGCAGUCACUCUCACUCUCUGCACCGUCCUAUUCCCAGCUUCAACAUAAGGGAUAAUAUUACUAUCUUGUGUAACAGAAACCAGUGGUCUUCUGGUUGUUGGACCACAAUUCUCAUAAUCACUGACCAUUGGCUAUGUUAUGUUGUGCUCAGUGUUUGAAACCAGGAAAGAAAAGCAAGGCCCUACGUAGUGCCUGGAACCUGAAACACAGUUUCUGGUCGCAUUUGUGCUGCAGUGCUCGGCAGAUCCUCUGGCUCAUGCAGCACCCAAAGAGGCACAUCUAGGGCUGCUCCUGGCAGCAGCAGGGAACAGUGGGGUGCUUGGCUUCAAAUGCGGAGCUGCUUGUUCUGCUGCUUCAACUUCUUAAACAGCUCCUGCAGCUUUGGCACUUCAGUGGCAGUAUGGGUGCAAAACCACCCCGCAACUCUCUUGCUUCCCAAGGCAGCAGCAGGAGCGAUCCUGCUUCCACGAACAUCUCCUAUUCUCCCUCCCUCUGUCAGGCGAAGCCUCCCGUUCUUCCCGUUCUCCAACACGGCUGCUGCCUUGUGAAGUGAGAGGGUUGUUCGGGUUUGCAGGGUUGUUUGGAGCUACAAGCAGCUCCGCAAUUGCAGCAUUGAUGGGGCUCCAGGCAACAGCACCUCUGCAGCAUCCACAGCGGCACAGGGUCUGGCAGGGCUUUCUGAAGCCCCACAGCUCUCCCCACUCCACCCCCGGGCAGGCAGGUUACGGCUCUUCGAAUUCCCACUUCAGCAGUCUCUUUAACAUAGGGCUGGUGGAGAGGGACUUCUUCUCCAGCGCCCUCAGAGGCAAUUUAAAUUGAAAUCUUAGGCACAGUGUACUGCGACAAGAGUUCAGGAAAUGCUUGCAAUAAUAAAAUUCUCUAUCAGAGAAUGCGUCCAUUACUACUGGAGUUUCAAACACUGCUUGUGCUUCAAAGUACAUUUCCCUCCAGGGUGCUAUUCAGAUGUUUUUAUUAUUGUUGUUGUUGUUGCUGUUAAUGAAUGACAUAUGGGAGGAGGAGACUAAUGUCUCGCAGCAAAUUAAACUGAUCUGUAGAAAGCACAGCUUGAAAAAAUGGGCAAUGCACUUUUUUUGUAAACUAAGAAAUCUUUAAUAAAAAUAUACAGUCAUACCUCGGGUUGAAGUAGCUUCAGGAUAAGUAUUUUCGGGUUGCGCGCUGCAGCAACCCGGAAGUAACGGAGCGCGUUACCUCUGGGUUUCGCCGCAUGCGCAGGCGGUCAAAAUGACAUCACGCGCAGAAGCGGCGAAUUGCAACCCGCGGAUGUGGGUUGCGUUCGCUUCUGGAUGUGAACGGGGCUCUGGAACGGAUCCUGUUCACAUCCAGAGGUACCACUUUAUAGGAGGCAAUUAUUAUGGUCUUUUGCCUACAGGCAGUUCUGUUUCACAAGUUCAUGUCUCACCUGAAAAUGGAGGAACCUAUUAAUGCAGAGGAAGGAUCUGGACCCUCUUUAAGUCUUGCCUGACUCUGAAUGCUUCCCUUUCUUCAUAGCAGGCCUACCGGCUGUCGAUGUGUUCCAGAAGGGGCUGGAGGAUCUCAGGGGUGUCUGCCAGCAUGUACUCAGCAAAUUUGAGGUGGGUCUUGUCCUUUCCAACCCUCUUGAAAUGUAUUUAUUUUAGUUUAAGGAUUGAGGUCCUUCUGCCAGAAACAGAGCACCAUUUUGCUAUUCUAUACCACAGCUGCAGUCCUUGGCUGCAUCAUCAUUUCUGUUCUGAGCAGGGCAGGAACCAAUUAUCAGUUGUUUUUCUAGGUCACCCAAGAGUACUCAGCAAGGUGCAACAUGUUAUCAAAAGCAACUAAGAACUUGUAAUAUACAUUAUAGAGUAGGACCUGUUACAGUGUGAAGUGCAUGGGUGCAGGAUUCAGUUACAUUUUCUCUCCAUCCCUCCCAAUCCUCCAUUCUAUUGACACUGAGCAUGUUUGGUACUCAAUGGUUUUUGAACCUCUCCCCUUUGUUUUUCUCCUCUUCUGAACUUGGAACAUAUUUCAGGGUUCCCCCCAAUGCUGCUAUUACCAUCCUCUUGUCCAUGGGUGGUGCCAUUUGACUACAUAAGCAAUGACAGUCACAGCUUGAAUAUCAGAAUUAGAAGGAUGGAUGAAGAGGCACACAGCCUGAGCCAAAAAGUUCUAUUUACCUAUUACAGCUAACAGAGGGGACUGUAACAGAAUGUUGUGGUGCAGCUUCUUUGGUCCAUCCACCCCCUAGCAGCUGCAUCUCAAAUGUGGACCACAAAUCCCUUAACCACGGCCUUUGUUUGCUCCCCCUUGCAGGCAAGUGUGGAAGAGUACAAUGCCCAGAAGGAUGUGACUAUGGAGGAAGUGUAGUCUUGAGUUCCAAUCUGUUGUUCAGACCUGGCCACAGAACUUAGUGUGCUUUGGUUGUUCUGAUGAAUGGCCUUUGCAGAGUGUGGGACGGGGAGUGUGACCUUGCUCCGGCUUUUUGUUAGCUCAUUGGCAUUUGAUGCUGUUAACCAUGGUAUCCUCCUGGACAGGCUCCAGCAAAUGUGAUUUGGGGGCAGCGGUUCCAACCCUAUCUUCAGGACUGAGUCUGACAUUGGGAGGGUGCCUUUUGAACUGGAAGCUGCAGUUAUUGCAGAAUGCUGCAGCAUCAUAAUCAAGCGGUCUAUAAAUUUCAUUAAAUAAGUAAAUAAUGGCACCACUGUGACUUAAAUUGGAUUGUCUUGUUGUGGGGAGGGGGUGGGGUUGAGAAAGAAAGGGUCUUGUUUUUUAUGGAGUAAAGUUUCCCCCCUAAUAAACCUUGGAUGAUGGAAUCCAUUCCAACUUA